CCCUAUAAAAGCAGCAGUGAUUUCACUGAGAGCUAGAUGAGCUUUGGGUAGUUUUCGCCAUCUCUUUAUCGUGUGACUCUCUCUGGACCAGGACAAUGUAUGCAGCUGUUACGCUCUUCGUCUUUGUGUGCUUGACUGCCAUCACCCAUGCAGACCAUCAUCAGCCAUGUCAUUCACCCAACAUGACAGGAUUCAUGAGUGUGAUGACCAUGAAGGGUGAGGUGAAAGCAUAUGGUGCAUUCACCUAUGAUUCGAUGGGCAAGAAACUACGGUUCAGAUCAAAUGAGAGCCACCCCACAAAUGAAUCAGUAGGUUUGGAUCUACUGAUGUUUUUUGAUGAGGGGAUAUUCUAUGAGAUUGACAGCAAAAACCAGAGCUGUGAGAAAAAAACUUUGCAAUGCACCAUGCACCCUCUGGAUAUUCCUGAUGAUGCAAAGCUGACUUCUACGGUAAACACAGGGAGUCCAUCCAUCGAAGGGGAGGGAUUAAAAGUCAAUGUAUGGACGGGAUCAAUGCCAGGCCAGAAAGUCAAGUACUCCAUAUCUGUAACCAUGGGAUGUCUGCCUGUCUCCACGUUGUACUUCUGUGAGUCCACAUCAUUCUUAUUCAGCAUGAUGGAGGUUGAACUUGAGAUCAAGGACCCUGAUCUCCUCACGGUGCCUUCCUUUUGCAUGGGGGUGUCUGUGGAGGAGACACCUGAAGGGACAGUAAACAGUUUCCUCAACGAGUUCAUGUAGAUGAACCUCGUCAGCAGAAAAUCAAAUCCCUAUCCCAGUGUGGCCUGCCUGAACUUUAGACUUUUCUCUCCUUUCCAUGUGUGACUUGUGUUCUUCGUGUGACACUGCAUCACAUCACAUCUGUCUCGAUCACAUCUUCCGCUCCCCUAUGAAGACACGGCUUUGAAUGGAUCAUACUGUAUACAUCCAUUUCAUUCUAAAGGAAAAAAAUAUGACAUGGAUUAUAGAAUUAGUCAUAAUUACUAACAGUUGGUGGCUUUUCAAGUUGGUACCACUUACAAAACCUGUAAGAUAUGAUUAAUGGAACAAUAAAGUGUCAAAGCUAUCAAAAGUGUGAGG